AUGGAUCUCACGCCUACAAGAGAACACUAUCUCAAGAGAGAAUUGCUUAGAUUACAAUUGGAAAAAGAGUUUGUUCAGUUCAAUGAUGCGUUGGCUUUAAGGAAAUUUGGUUCUCCAUUUACUCAAUUGGAUCCAAAUGAAUAUGUUGUGAAGAAAGGUGAUGGUGAUGAUGGUGCUGCUGCUGGUGAUGUUGAUGCUGCUGGUACUGCUGCUGCUUCUGACUUCCCUCUUUCAAGAUACUUCUUUAACAAAUUCGUCCUUACAAUGCCAUUUCUUUCUUCAAAAAAUCAAAAUCAACAAUUAUUUUGGAUUAAAAAAGUUCAAGUCUUUUAUGAACAUUUUAUGAGUUUACAAUUAAGUGAAUCAAUGGAUAGAGAUGAAGAAACCAAGAGAAGGAAAAUUUCUUUAAAAUUGAAAAGAAUUAUCCUUAUGUUUUAUAAUUCUGGUAUUGGUACUCCAAAUGAAUCUUUAUAUUAUCAACAAGAUAAAUUUGAAAUGGGUCAACAAGAAAAUUUAUCCAAGAAUAAUAAACUGGAAAAACUUAUAUUUCCAUCAAAGGAAACUUUACAAAAUCAUAUUUCAAAUGAUGUUUUCAUAAAUGGAAUAAAUGUUAAUGUUGCAGGUGUAAGAUUAAUUAAAAAAUCAAAUAAAAAUUUUUGGUCAAAUUUAAAUAUAACUAAAAAUCAUGAAUGGGUUUUUGAAUUUAUAAUUAAAUCAAAAUUAGAAUUAGAUGAAAGUUCAACAAUUAUUGUGGCUAGACGUUAUAAUGAUUUUAAAAAUUUACAUCAUAAUUUGAAGAAAAAAUAUCCGGGGAAAAUUUUACCAAAUUUACCUAAAAAAGUUAAAUCUGAAGUAGAAAUUGGUGAUGUACAAGAAGAUGAUGAUGAGGAGGAGGAGGAGGAUGAAGAUGAUAUUAAUUCUAAAAAAAAUGAUGAUGAAAUUAGGAAAAGUUUAACAAAUUUAUUUAAAGAUUUAAAUAUAAAUCCAUCACAAGAUAUUGAAUCAAUUGAUACUUCAAAACCACCAAAAUCUCCUAAAUCUCCAAAAACUCCAAAAUUUUUACCUUCCAAAUCCUUAUUCAAAUCUCCAAAUAAAGAAAAAUCAAAUAAUACUGAACCUAAUUCAUCACCACAAAAUAAUAAAUUACCAAGAGAAAAAACAAGAGUUUCAUUAAGAGCUUAUCUACGUGAAUUAUUAAAAGAUGAUGAAAUUAGUCAUUGUGAUUUAAUUAAAGAAUUUUUAUUUAAAAAUCAAAUAUUUAAAUUAUCAAAAGAUGAAGAAAUUGAUUUAAAAAUUCGUGAAAAUUUAGAUUUUUUAUUAUUAUUAAAUCAAAUUAAAUUUCAAUCUGAAACUUUUAAAAAAAUUUCUUUAUUAAAAAAUCAAACAUUACCUUUAAGAUUAAAAUUAUUAGAAGAUGAAAAUGGUUUAUUAGAUAUUUUUAAUGAAAUUAAAAUUAAAUCUCAUAUUUAUCAAUUAUCACCAAUGUUAAUAAAUUUUAUUGAUUGGUGUAAAAUUAAUAUUGCUGCAACAAUUUAUCAAUUAUUUUUGGGAAAUGAUUCAUCAUAUGAAUUUUAUUCUCAAGUUAAAAGAUUUCAUAAAAUGUUACCAUAUAGUAUAAUGAUUAAUAUUCUAAAAUUUACAAAUCCAAUGAUGAUUAUGAAAACUAUGCUUGAUUUAUUAAUGGCAAGUCCAUUUGGUGGAAAAUCAUUGUUACAAACUUUAUUUUUUGGAAUUUUAAAUGAUGAUUUAAAAAAUCAACAAAAAAUUAUUGAUGAAUUAGAAUUAAAAUUAAUUAAUUAUCCAAAUUUAAUUAAAAGAUUAAAAUUUUUCAUUUAUGAUGUUGAAGAUUCCAACUUAUUAGAAGAGAUUAAAUUAGAAUCAAAACAACUAAAUACAGAUUUAUUAUUAACAAUCAUCAUAACACCAAAAUUAAAUGAUUUAAUACCAAUUGAUGAUGAUUCCAUAGGUCAAGUUUUUGAAAGUUAUAAAGAAUAUAAAAAAUUAAAACAAACAAAUAAAGAUGAUGUUUUAAUUAAUCAUGAAAAAUCUGAAUUAUAUUCAAAUUUAAAAAGUGUUUUUAAAUUAUAUAUUAAAAAUAAUGAUAAAAAUAUCCUGAAACAAAUUUGGUCAGAACCUGAAUUAACUUCAAUUUUAAAAGAUUUAUUAUCAAUGUUUUAUCAACCUUUAAUUAAUCUUUUUAAAAAUUCUCAUAUUGAAAUUGCUUUUAAAAAUUUUGAAAAUUUUAUGAAUGAAUUAAUUUUAAAAAUUGAUCAAUUAAAUAAUGAUAUAUAUUCAAUGGAUACAAAUAAAAUCGUUGAUGAAAUUAUGCAAGUUUUGAAUAAUCAUCAAGAUGCUUUUUAUCAAUUUUUACAUAAUGUUUACUUAAAUGAUUCUGAUGGAUUUUUUGAACAAAUUAUAAAUUGGUUAAAUGAUAUAAUAAAUUUCUUAAGAAAUUCCAAAAAUUUAAAUACUUCAACCUCAGAUGAAAAAUUAAAUAUUGAAGAAUUAUUAAACAAUUCACAAAAUAAAUCUGAAAUCUUGAUGGAAUUAGAUUCAAUUAUAAACUCAAUAAAAUUACAACGUUCUAUAUAUUCCAAAAAACUUGAAACCAAGACUCAAAAACAAAAUGAUUUAAUUGAAAAAAAUUGGGAAAAAAUUAAUAAUAUUGAAAUUUUUAAUACUAAUGAUUUUGGAUUAAAUCAUGAUGAUAUUUUAGAACUUGAUGAAUCAGAUGAUGAAGAAAAUUCAGAUGAAGAAACUGAAGGGACAAGUGCAGAAGAUAAGAAAAAAUUUAUACCAAGAGAAGAAAUGAAGACUGAAUUUAUUGAAACUUUAUUACCUUUUUUUGAAAAACAAUUGAUUAAUAUUUUUAAAAAUGAUAAAAAUGUAUAG